CAUCGUACAACAUUGCGUCACUUCCGUAAACAGGACUCUUUACCGCUACUCGAUAUAAACGUUCCAUCUUGCUAACUAGCUAACUAGUCAGCGAGCCAUCCAGCUGUUUGAAUACUUGUUUGUGAUAAAUUAAACGUGUCGACGUAUAACGACGGAGACACAUUACUAAGAAGAUAAAAUAAAUGAAUUGAAUGACUUGUCGGGUUGACGUCCCUGUGUGUCUCCUCCUCCUCUAGCCGUGCGUCGUGCCGUGCCGGGGCGUGCUGUGGACGGGAGGGGGAGAGAUGUUUGGGGAUGGUGGGUCGGGGUAUCGCGGCUUUCGCCUCGGCUCCUCGAAAUCUUGCUCGCAUACUGACGCCUGCCCGCAUCCAGUAUGUAUUAUUUGUAAGAAGAAUGAAAAAUAGGGAUCAUCGCCGUGACAGCUGUUUCUGUUGUUUUGUUUUUGCUGCUCUGUCAAACUAGCAGACUUCCCCCUGAAGAGAGCGAGUAGUUAUGGCCGAGCAAGACAUUUGUCCUCAUCUGGACUCUAUUGGAGAGGUCACCAAGGAGGACCUCCUUCAGAAAUCCAAGGGAACUUGCCAGUCGUGUGGAGCCGGGGGCCCAAACUUGUGGGCCUGUCUGCAGAAUGACUGCUCAUAUGUUGGUUGUGGAGAGUCCUACUCUGAUCACAGCACCCUGCACGCACAGGCUAAGAAGCACAACCUGACUGUGAACCUGACAACAUUCAGGAUCUGGUGUUAUGUGUGUGAGCGGGAGGUGUUUUUGGAGCACCGGCCUGCGCUGGUGCCUGUACCUGCUGCUCCCCACCACUGUAAAGCCACAGAGCAGGAAGCAGCUCCUCAGCCAGUCGGUCACCCACUGAAAGCCGUACCAAUUGCUGUGGCAGAAGAAGAAGGCUCAGAGUCGGAGGAAGACGAACUGAAACCCAGAGGCCUGACAGGAAUGAAAAAUAUUGGAAACUCCUGCUACAUGAAUGCAGCACUUCAAGCCUUGUCCAAUUGUCCUCCUCUCACUCAGUUCUUCCUGGACUGCAGUGGUUUGGUCCGAACCGAUAAGAAACCUGCUCUCUGUAAGAGUUACCAAAAGCUCAUCUCAGAACUCUGGCAUAAAAAACGGCCCAGCUAUGUUGUUCCUACCAGUCUGUCUCAUGGCAUCAAGCUUGUGAACCCCAUGUUUCGAGGUUAUGCUCAGCAGGUAGGGGCGAGUACCCAGCAGGACACUCAGGAGUUCCUGCGCUGCCUGAUGGACCAGUUACACGAAGAGCUGAAGGAGCCUCUGACAGAGUGCAGCAUGAGCGGGGAGGGAAGCGAUGGCGAGGAGAUAAGAGACGGCGACCGCUCCCCGUCCGAGGAUGAGUUCCUGUCCUGUGACUCUGGCUCCAGCAGUGACCGGGGGGAGGGAGGAGGAGCCCCCGACGGCGAGCUGCUCCUGCAGGAUGAGUGUGACGGGGUGAGGUCACCGGCAGGAGGGAUAGUGGGCGUCGGUACCGGCGGGGUGAUCUCUGAGAAGGAGAAGCUGAAGGAAAGGAGGGUGUCCGGCUCACCCCUCCGUGGGGGCUCCCAGGAGAUGGAUGAGGAUGCUGAUGUGGAUACAGCAGCUGAAGAGGGGGUUCCAGAGAGAGUAGAGGAAGAGGAGUUAACGCCAGCUACCAACACUGAGCUCCAAAACCAAGAUAACAGCCAGCUAUCUGACACAGGACAAGGGCAAACCCAGAGCAGCAGCACCUCAGAACCGGACAAUGAAGCGUCAAUGACCCAGCCCCAGUCCACACCCUGCAGCCCUGUGCGAACCCUUCAGGAGCUGCACCCCAAGCUGUCCUCCAGUCCACCUCGCUCGAGCCCCCUCCGCACUCCAGGACCCGCAUACUCUUUCAAAAAAGCUCAGCUGAUGCUCAGUGCCAGGAAGAAGAAACAGUCUCACUAUCGCAGCGUGAUCUCUGACAUCUUCGAUGGCUCCAUCCUCAGUCUGGUCCAGUGUUUAACCUGCGACAGGGUCUCUACGACAGUGGAAACCUUUCAAGACUUGUCUUUGCCUAUUCCUGGUAAAGAGGACUUGGCGAAGCUCCACUCUUCUAUACAUCAGAACCUUCCAGUCAAGACUGGCGUGUGUCCCGACACGUACAGCUCGCAGGGCUGGAUUUCCUACAUCAUGGACUCCAUACGCCGGUUCGUCGUCUCAUGUAUUCCCACUUGGUUUUGGGGGCCCAUGGUAACCCUGGAGGACUGCCUCGCCGCCUUCUUUGCUGCAGAUGAGCUCAAAGGUGACAACAUGUACAGCUGUGAGAGGUGUAAAAAGUUGAGAAAUGGUGUCAAAUAUUGCAAAGUGCUUAGGCUUCCAGAGAUUCUGUGCAUUCACCUGAAGCGCUUCCGGCACGAGGUCAUGUAUUCGUUCAAGAUUAGCAGUCACGUAUCCUUCCCAUUGGAGGGCCUCGACAUGCGACCUUUCCUGGCUAAGGAGAGUCCAUCCCAAGUCACUACAUAUGAUCUGCUGUCAGUCAUUUGUCACCACGGCACUGCAGGAAGUGGACACUACAUAGCUUACUGUCAGAAUGUGAUCAAUGGCCAGUGGUAUGAGUUUGAUGACCAGUAUGUCACAGAAGUCCAUGAGACGGUGGUGCAGAAUGCAGAGGCCUAUGUGUUGUUCUACAGGAAGAGCAGUGAGGAGUCCGUGAGGGAGAGGCAGAAGGUGGUGGCUCUGGCCAACAUGAAGGAGCCCAGCCUGCUGCAGUUUUACAUCUCCAGAGAAUGGCUGAACAAGUUCAACACCUUCGCAGAACCAGGCCCCAUCAGCAACCACACAUUUCUUUGUCAGCACGGAGGGAUCCCUCCUAAUAAAUACCACUACAUAGAUGACCUGGUUGUGAUUGUUCCACAGAAUGUGUGGGAGUAUCUUUACAACAGCUUUGGAGGCGGCCCAGCAGUGAACCACCUGUACAUGUGCGCCAUCUGCCAGGUGGAGAUUGAAGCUCUGGCUAAACGUAGAAAAAUGGAAAUAGACACCUUCAUCAAGCUGAACAAAGAGUUUCAGGCGGAGGAGGCUCCGACAGUGAUCCUGUGCAUCAGCAUGCAGUGGUUCAGAGAGUGGGAGAGCUUUGUGAAGGGCAAAGACAAUGAGCCUCCUGGUCCCAUCGACAACAGCAAAAUUGGUGUCAUGAAAGGAGGACACAUACAGCUCAAACAAGGCGCAGACUAUGGUCAGAUCUCAGAGGAGACAUGGCAGUACUUGCUGGGUAUUUACGGGGGAGGCCCUGAGAUCGCAGUGAGGCAGACGGUGGCCCCGGCCGACCCUGACAGCCUUCAUGGGGAGAGAAAGAUCGAGGCAGAGACCCGAGCACUUUGAGAUAACAAAGAGGUCACCUGAUUCAGCCCUCGCAGGACGCUGAGGAAUUUGCACGUUGGUGAAGAAGCCUCGCCGUGAGCACUUUGUAAAUGUAGCAACGCAUUACUCUGAAGCCGUGUGGCAGGAGGGAGAAGCGGUACUUAAAUAUCACAUAGUUUAUUUAUUGGAUAACUAUGAUCCUCAGUGUUAAGGUGUAAAAAUAAGACGUCGUGUCAUGAUCUCUGGAGUGCUUAUUUGGUAGCUGUGGUGUUUCAGUGGCUGCUGUCGCCGUCUCGUCUCGCUGAACUGGUGCCACAAACCAGUUUGCUGAGGUGGGAAAAAACACAACCGCGGUGUGAUGUUUGGUGUGAGGACUUUUCUUCUUCAGCGGAAGCAACAACCAAUAGGCAUUUCAGAAGCUUUUUGUGUUGUUUGCCCAGCAUAGCAACGAGUUCAGACAUCAAGUGAGAGAUAUUGCAUAAAUCUUACUCUUGCACCUCCAACCUUAAACACACAGAAUAACUGAGCCCUCAGGAAUGGAAGUCUUGUUUGUUUAAGCCAGUGAUCAGAUUAGCAAAUUAUAAGAAAGAAGAAAAAAGAAAAAGUUUGUUUAGACCACAAAACAUGCACGUAUUUCAAAAGACCAUUUUCAGGGUCGUUUGUGUUUGAAAAGCUUCACGAUGCUUAGAAAUGUAACGUCUUUAUUUGGACCUGCAAGGACUUCGCUGAUGGGAUGAGGUGUGAUGAGUUUGUUUGGUUAAACACACAAUAACACCUUCAAGAGGAUCCGUUGAGUCACUCUGGUCCAGCGCCAUCCAUGAAUAGGCAUACGUGGCAUAGAAAUACAUGGCUGUGGCUUUGAACAGGGCAGAGAAAUAUUUGGUGCAAUGAGAAGAUCUUACAUAGUGAGUUCAAUUCUCCUGAAGUGUCACAGUGUAAAUGACCUCACAUCAGUUCUUAGAAGAGUUUAAUCCAUAUUUAAUCAGUAAUGCAGUACCUGUUUAUACCAAGAGAGGGCAGUAUUAAAUGAAAUGUAACAUUUUAGCAAGACUGAAAUAAUCAACAUAAAUAAUUAGCACGAUAUGCACAAAUCCAGACCUGUUACAGCAGUGAAGUAAUUUAUGAUUACUACUUGAUUGAUCAAGUAUAUUUUCUUAUUUCCACAGAAUAUCUUAACUGUGUUUUUUGUGAUCAGGUCAAAUGAAGCUGUAUGCUACACUAAGAGGAAUUCGCUUGCAAAAAUAUUUGUGCAUCUGAAAACUGCUUUUUGGUUGAAGACGCGUUUUAAAAUCUUAUGUAAAUACACACUCGUCUUCACCAGUUCAGGAGACUAUGGCUUAUUAAAAAUAUAUUCUGGUGUCAGUUUUGCUCACACAGGAUGUGAUAAAUCAAAGCGAUACCCAAACCGCAGCGCUUUGCGUUGAGGAAACAGAAUUGUUAUCUUGUCCUUCUUCUGUCUUUCUUUUAAUCUUCUGAUCACAGAUGAAACUGGUAAACAGCACUCGAGUUAGCUCAAACAGCUCCUAAUAUGGACCUGUGACUUCCCUUUGAAACAGGCAACAUGCAGACUCAAGCUCAGCGGCUUUUUAUUUUUGCAAAUGAUGGCUGUGACUAAGGUUUAGUCUGAAUUAUGAAUAGUAACAUCACAUGAUGUCAGCAAGAUUAAUGUGCCAGGGUACAAUCUUGUCCAAACUCAGCUGAAUUAGCCGAGUUCUCCUCCAUCUUACUGGAGACAAAUGACACGGCUGCCUCUUGCCUCUCUACUGCACAGAUCUGCCACCACAGUUUCAGCAGUUAAAACCAACAGCGUUUCGAUAGAGUAACACAAGAUCACAGUAAUGUUGAGUGACUCUGUGCCCCUUUUAAGUUCAUAAAUAGUCUGAGUCGCUGAUUAUUGUUAGUAAAUACCACAUUUGAAAGUCCAAAACAAGGACAAAUUAUUUAAAAUGUGUCAGUGUUACACAAAGUACCAAUUCACAACUAAUAAACAGUUUUUAAAUAAUUUUGGUUAUCAUUAAUCAGUACUUAUUAGGAGAUAAAUACGACUGCUCAGCUGUUGCCAGUCCGAACGGCCAGAAGAUGUGCCGGUAAACACAAACGAGUGACAGGUCAGCAUCUCAAAGCCUCAAAUCAAACUGUUUGUGAACAGAAAAGAAGCAAGAAGAACCUGUGCCACAUGACUGAAAGUGAAACCUGAUUUUAUCCUUUAA